UUGGUUCAGUUUUCGGCGCCGAGCUACAAAGAAAAACAUGUCUUACCCGCCGAUGAAUGAUGCCGUCCUAGCAGGAGUCCCGCGUCUGUUGGAUGAUUUACAGAAGCUGUUGGAAACGCACGAUCACGCAGACAUCCUCUUUCUAGUGGGCCGGGAGGAAACGGCGUUCUACGCUCAUCGCCUGUUGCUCAACGCUCGGUGUAAGACUGCCACUUUUCUCAAGAGGGCUGUGCUGCCGGGAUCUUCUACGCAAACCAUUAGAUUGCCCAAUCACAAGCCAGACAACUUUAAAUUGGCUCUCGUCUAUCUCUACACUGGCAAAGUUCUCCUGGAUGACCAAAAUGUCUUUGAGAUGUGGACAUUGUGUCAGGAUUUGAACCUGGAAGAACUCAGGCUGUUUUGUGAGGAUCACAUCACCAGAAGCCUAAAUGUGGACAAUGCCUGCGCUUUGCUGGCUUCAGCUUUGGCCAAAGAGGAUCAGCUAAUCCAGAGGAACAACACUUCCAGCCCAAGUUUCGUGGAGCGUUGUGUCCAUUUUAUUGGUGACAAUGCUAUCGAGUGCUUUCAAACUACUGCCUUCUUGAGGUUAUCGAAAGAUGCCCUCAUUUGCUUGGUUUCUUCUGACCAUUUAGCUUUGGAGGAGGUUGAAAUUUGGCGAGCAGUGCUGAACUGGGCAAGGCAUCAGGCCAAUGUUUCUCAGUCGAAUACUCAAUUGUGGAAUGAGGACGAACGUCAGCGCGUUUGUCAGUCUUUGGGAGGUGUCAUCAAUCAUGUCAGGCUUCUGUUGAUCGACAGCCAAGUCUUUGCCGAGGAAGUCGAACCGACAGGAGCCGUCCCAAUGGAAGUCUCCCUCGAACGAUACAGACUAGCGGCUUUGCCAGCGAAAUUCCGCGAACAGCAACAGCAGCUGCCUCAACAACCCGUCAACCAUGAAGAUAAACGACUUCAACCGCGCGUGCCCACCAAAGCCUUUGCUAAUUCGCAGAUUCUCAACCGAGAUCGCGUUUCUUUGCAAAACGUGCUGAAUCAAUGGUACUCGAACUCGCAUUCAACCCUCUCGAGUGUCACCUGGAAACUUGUCUUUCGUGCGUCGCAGUACGACUUUUCCGCUUCCGAAUUCCAUCGCAUCUGCGACGGCUUGGCACCUCUCUACGUCAUCAUUCUCGGACCCAAGGGCGAGGUCUGUGGUGGAUUCACCGAUGUUCCCUGGACUCUUCCACCGGCCAGUCAACCCGUUGUGAGCAACAAAGGACGUUACAUCGCAUCGGAUAGAGCCUUCCUCUUUACUCUAGUGGAUGGGCAUGGUCACGUGUCUCCGCAGCGAUUCGACAUCACGAAAAAGACAUUCGGCAUUUGUUACCACCUCGAAUGCGGGCCCAUUUUUGGAGCAGGUGCUGACCUCUAUGUCUCGGAUCAAUGUCAUGUCAACAUGGAUUCGUACUCGAAUUUGCCACAUUCCUAUGACGGUGAAGACGCUUCCCCCGACUCGCUCAUGGGCGAUUAUAACUUUUCCAUUCUUGAAUACGAAGUCUACACUCCUGCGUUGAAAUGAAUAAGGCCCUGCUAAAUACUCAUUCUUACGUAUACGCUUCAUUGCAAUUCCGUCCAAAACAAUGAUAUUAUUUUUGUUUCUGAAUGCAGCUGUUAUAUUAUCACGUUUUUUGGCUAUUUUUUUUUUUCUUGUUCCUUUAGGAAACAAUAUACUUUACCGUUUUUUUUU